AUGCAUGAAAAAGAUAGAUCUUUAGUAUUGAAAAUACAGGAAUAUUUCGGAGGUAUAGGACUUGUAUCCAACCCCAAUAAUAAUUCUACAGUGGAAUUUAGGGUUCAUGCUCUUAAGGAUAUAACUAAUGUGAUUAUACCGCACUUUGAUAAUUAUCCCUUAUUAACUAAAAAAUAUUCCGAUUAUGUGCUUUUUAAAAAUAUUAUUAACUUAAUGUUAGAAAAACAGCAUACUAAUUCACAGGGAAUACAGAAAAUAAUUAAUACAAGGGCAUCUAUGAAUUGA